AUGAUGGAGGUUGUACGACCAUGCGGCAAGGACAAAUUUCCCGUCUACCAGUUAAUCUACGCCCACUGUUUUACCAUGUCGUCAUCAGAAUCAGAGAAACCUUCUCCUGUUUACCUCGAGAACCCCCAGUACAUCCAAAAGGUCGUACAGGAAGGUCUCCUCCUCGGUGGUGGCGCUGCCGCCAUCCUCCUCCAAGUCGCCAUGCCCGGGGUCGGUAAGGGGGUGGACAAUCACAGUAACUUCUCCUACCGGCCCCUGGACCGUCUCCGUACCACAAUGACUUUCGUCUAUUGCAUGGCAUUCGGCACCCCGGACGAAAAACGCACCGUCAUCGACAUGGUGCAUCGCGCUCAUGCUCCUGUCAAGGGAGCGGACUACGAUGCCAACGACACCCAGCUUCAGGUCUGGGUUGCUGCGACACUGUAUGCCGUCGGAACCGACAUGUACGAGCAGAUAUUUGGUCCGAUGGACGAGGUUACGGCAGAGCGGUUAUAUCGCGAGUACGCCGUUCUGGCCGUUUCGCUACGCGUCAAGCCGGAGGAAUGGCCUGAAAGUCGGAAGGCGUUUUGGGAGUACUGGGAUGAGCAGGUAGAAACAAUGGAGGUUACGGACAAUGCGAAAAGCGUGGCGAAAGAUCUACUCUUCAACAAUAAGUUGCCGAUGCAUUUUCGCGUCCUCAUGCCUUGGAUCCGGCUUAUUACGGCGGAGCUGCUUCCCCCGCGCAUUCGAGAGGCGUAUGGACUGAAGACUACCAAAAUGCGAAAAGGCGCGUACCGAAUGACAGUGGGCUUUACGAAAGCGACGUAUCCCUGCUUGCCCAAGUUCGUGCGCACCUAUCCGAAGCGGUACUACAUGAAGGACAUGCGGCGGAGACUGCAGAAUAAGAUGUGA